GCCAGCGUCAUGGCGGCCUCCUGGCUGGGCUCUGCCCGGGCCGCGCAGCGGUUCGGCGUCCUUGGCCUGUGCCGCCGCCGGUCACCCCGAGACCUGUGCGUGCGCGAGCGGCGGCUCCCGGGGCCGGCGGUGUCGGGGCGGAGCGUGGCGGUGGCCAGCGGACUGGACGCGUCGGGCUCUGAGCAGUACUGCCUGGAGCUGCUGCGGAAACGAGAUUACGAAGGUUAUCUGUGCUCCCUGCUGCUGCCUGCGGAAUCCCGAAGCUCUGCUUUGGCACUGAGGGCCUUCAACGUGGAACUGGCUCAGGUUAAGGACUCAGUCUCUGAGAAAGCAAUUGGACUGAUGCGAAUGCAAUUUUGGAAAAAAACUGUGGAAGAUAUAUACCUUGACAAUCCACCACAUCAGCCUGUGGCCAUUGAAUUAUGGAAGGCUGUCAAAAGAUAUAAUCUGACUAAAAGAUGGUUUAUGAAAAUCAUUGAUGAAAGAGAAAAAAAUUUGGAUGACAAAGUAUAUCGCAAUAUCCAGGAACUGGAGAAUUAUGCUGAAAACACUCAGAGCGCUCUUCUUUAUUUAACUCUAGAAACGUUGGGUAUAAAGGAUCUUCAUGCAGAUCAUGCCGCAAGUCACAUUGGAAAAGCACAAGGCAUUGUCACUUGCUUGAGAGCAACGCCCUAUCAUGGCAGCAGAAGAAAGGUGUUCCUUCCCAUGGAUAUUUGUAUGCUGCAUGGUGUUUCACAAGAGGAUGUUCUACGGAAAAGCCAAGAUAAAAAAGUGAGAGAUGUGAUAUAUGACAUUGCCAGCCAGGCUCACUUGCACUUAAAGCAUGCUAGGUCCUUCCACAAAAGUGUUCCUGUGAAAGCCUUUCCUGCCUUUCUUCAGACGGUUUCUCUAGAAGACUAUUUAAAGAAAAUUCAGCAAGUAGAUUUUGAUAUAUUCCAUCCAUCUUUACAGCGGAGGAAUGCAUUACUUCCAUUGUCUUUGUAUAUUCAGUCAUGGAGGAAAAGAUAUUAAAAUAAUUUUCAUGUCA